AGACUUGUUGACACGUCCUGAACCCUUUUCCAGGUAGAAAUGCGUGCUCUCUCGCUCGUGAUUCUUGUCAUGGCCCUCAUGACUACGUUCGCCACUGCCGUGCCCCUGAAAGCUCUCGCGGGGUCCCUGGCGUCUCCACAUGGCCACACAGUCUCAUCGGAAGCUCCAAUUGAGUUCAACGAUUCUACUCGCGUCCGUCGACGUCUCUGGAGACCCAGGGCACAUCCAUGAUCUAGCCACAACGAGUAUCAUACGACCGCCCUGAGCGCGCUCCGACCUACACCCACGGAGUUUACUAGACAUAGACGCCUCCGCCAUAAUCUCCCGACAGCACGCGAACGCUAGCACUGCCAUAAUUCCAUCCGAUUCG